AUGGAGCAAAUUUCGGCGCGUGUUUUGAACACAUCGAUCGAGGAGUUUUGGAUGCCGAUUCUUCAAGACGAGCAUGAGACAAUGCGAAAAUUGCAAAAAGAAUGUGAAGAGUAUGCGAAACUCGUUUUUACGUGCGAAAGAUUACUUGGAUCUCAACAACAUGGAAUUGAUAUACGUUUUGAUCUUGGACAAAAGAUUUACGUAAACGCUGAAAUUCAAGAUUCGAGCCAUGUCGUCGUAAAAUUAAUGGACGAUUUGUACGCGAAAAUGAAUUUGACAUCGGCGGUGAAAUAUAGCAAAAAGAAAAUGGAGAUGGCUUUAAAGCCGGCAACGGUCAAAUCGAUGCUGGUUGUCGCGAGAAGAGGAAAUAAGAGGAAAAUUCAAAUCAAUCGGGACGCUUUGACGGUUUUCACCGCUCUCGUCAACAUUUUUGUGAAGGUGUUCAUUUUUUUUGUGAAGAGUGAAUAA